CAAUUGGCCCUCGCAUCACGAUAGAUGACACUACUGAGUUCAAAAACUCGUAAAAAUGACUUAUUUUAGCCACAUUUUUUAUGCUAAUGAUGUAAACAGAAGCGAUUUGUCUCGGUCACGUGACCAAGCCUCAGCCUCAUGAGCAUUUGAACUAACUGUAAGCAACAUGGCGGCCUAGCGAAAAAACGCUCAGAUAUGGCUGGUUUUACGUGACUGUGAGAGCUUCAACGCCACGGUAUGUCCAAGAAGGGCAACGGCACACGGACGUACAACAUUUCGGUUGUUGGUUUAUCAGGAUUAGACAGAGACCAGUCACUUUAUGGCGUUGGUAAGUCGUGUUUGUGCAACCGCUUCGUUCGUCCGUUGGCAGACGAUUUCAUACCGGAGCAUACAUCGGUGUUUAGUUCUUCGGAUUUCGGAGGAAGAGUGAUCAAUGGAGAUCAGUACUUAUUCUGGGGGACUACUACGAAGACUACCGAAGAUGGUUCUGAGUUUAGUUUUAAUGUUAUCGAGCAGACGGAGCUGAUAGACGAUGCUUCUCUUAUGCCGCUUUCUCGAGGCGGUCAACUUGUGCCCUACCCCAAGAGGGCUACUGCGAGUAAGCUUUCAUCUGCAGAGAAGCUCAUGUACAUCAGCAGGGACCAAGUAGCUCUUCAAAAUGACUACGAACAAGUGUUAUUUCCAUCAGGAAAGGUCAAUAUUGAUGGAUUCCUAGUUUUGUAUGAUGUUGAAGCAACGAAUGCAAAGCGACUAGAAGAUACUCAGGAGAAAGUAUUGUCCGCUGUCAUUACUUACGUUCAGAAGAGCAAGCGACCGUUUGUAAUAGUUGCUAGUAAAUGCGACGAUACACAACUAUCCUUACUACAAGAGGUAUACAGGUUCGCUCAGACUAAGAAACUAAAUGUUCCCAUAGUGGAAACCUCCACGUAUCAGAAUGUAAACGUGGAUUUAGCUUUUGUUGUUUUGGCCCAACUUAUUGAGAAGGGAAAGGUACGCUCUAGGCUCGUCCCCUAUAAUGACGCACACAAAGCUCAACAAGAAAUUGUGGAUCGAGCUUUGCAUGAUUAUCAGGCACUAAUAAAUAGAACAGUCACGGAUUUCCGAUGCUUAUGGAAGAAUUUGAAGAAGGUUUUGGAGUUGGAGAAAGAGUUUACUGUGUACAAGGAGUUGAACGGGUCAGAUGCAUGUAAACGAGUUUUCAGUAAACACAUUCGGAAACUUCGCCGGGAGUUCGAGCUUAGAAAACUCGACUUAUACCUACAAAAUCUCCCUCAGGCUUUAGAUGAACUUUUACCUACUCUCACAUCUAUAGAUCUGUGUCAGAACAGCUGGACAAAUUGUAAAGCAAUGUUCAGAAACAGCAAAGAUUUCAGUAAAUGGAUGAUUGUUUUGCCCGAUGAAACUUCAUGGAACGAAAGCGAUCAUCUUAUAAGUGAUGACUCUAGAAUCCCAUUUGACGUUCUUUCUUUACCCGAGUCAAACACUGUAUUCCAGCACCAUGUAGACAAGCUUAAGGCUGCUGAAAAACGAGCCAGGAUGAAGAACGAGUUUCGAAAACUUUUGGAGCUUACUCCACAGAUUCGCCCAGGGAGUUUGUGGCACGAGACCGAGGUACUCCUACGUAAUGAAGAAAGCUACAAAUAUCUCGACAACACAGAUAAGCUACAAAUUUUCGAUAAUUUUCUCCGGGAUAUUGCCGAGCAAGCUAAGUUGGAUUUCCAGGAGUUGUUGUUCGAAUCUGCGGGAAUCUUCUCUAAGUUUGAACCUAACUCUACACCAUCGGAAGAUGACAUGGAGGCUCUCUACGCUACGCUCAGCCUAGACGAGCGGUAUAGACGGUUAGACAAGUUGGAAAGCAUACGAAAAAUCCGUGUGUUAAACCACAUUGCUUUACUACACAGUCCAACACGGUGUUUGUGUGGCCCCGAUAAAUGUAGGGACCGGCUAAUGCAGGAAAUAGUCGCUACUACAGCUUAUAGGCCAGAGUAUUCCGGGAGUGACGAGACACUAGAUAGUGAGGAUAACCAGCUUACGAUCUGCCUGCUCGGCAGUGAUGAGCUUGCCCAGGAGCUUGACAAAGAGAUCCAGAGUCAGUGCUCAUAUGGAGAUGGGUUGGAAUUUGUUCUUGAUGGACGGAUGUAUGAGCUUGAUUUGCGUGUCGUGGACGGGGAUGUGGAUCUCCCACAGUAUGCUCUAACUACAACUGAUGUAGCACCUAAUGGGUAUUUCUUUGUCUAUUCGUCGCCGGAUUCUCUUGAAUAUGUGCAUGAAAUUCUGGACGAGAUGUACUGCAAGUCUAGGUACAACAGUGUGGAUGAUUCAACCAUGGUCCAGCCAUCUGCUUCUAUCACCAUUAUCCUGGCCAAGAAUCCAGACAUGGAGGAUAUGGUGCCCCAGCUACGGCGCCGCGGAGCUGAUCUGGCAGAGAGGUAUGGAGCAUCAUUUGUGGACAUUCCUCUGGCACGCUAUGCGCGGGACAAGAUCAUCCAUGACACGCAGAUUGUGGACGCCAUGCGUAACCUUGUAGAGGACAUGAAGCAGCAAGCCCGCAAGCUCAGCUCCUGUGAUGACAUAGGUGAUGCAGAGCCAGAUCUUAGGAUAAUGCUUUGUGCCAUGUGUGGUGACCCUUACCCUGUGGAGCUCAUCUUUGGCCCUUUGCUGCAUCACCAAUCAUGCUGGCGUAGCCCGACAAGCCCUGAUACCAUCAUACUUGAGACCUUCGUGGGCUUUGAAAAGAGAAGAGUCCAGAUAACUCUUACCUCCUAUCACCGUGCAUAUAGCUUGAAUUACCAAAUGUUCCAUGGCUACAUCCUAGUCUACUCCGCCAUCAGGAAGGCAUCCCUGGAGACACUAAGUGCGUUCGCGUCGUCUAUUGCGCACGUGCCCAUCCAAGUGCUUGCGAUGACCGGCAGUGCCUCUGGUGCAAGCGUUGUGUUUCACAGCAAUGACGUGCCCGUUUCCUUGCUAGCUGAGGGCGUCAACCUUGCGAGUAAGCUAUGCGCCAAGUUCCAAACAACUUCACCUCGCUUACAGAACCAAGGUGGGUUGUUUGCUUCGUUUUUUAACCGCGUAUGGAACAAGAAGGGAGAGAGCGAGUCAGCGUACGCCAAAUUCAUCACAGAACAGCAGAAGCGAUAUGAGCGCAAACAGGAUUUCAAGCGGCGGAGUCGCCAUGACCCGCUCCCCGAGAUCCCCAACAAGCCGGUGAAGCGGUCCGAGUCGCACCGUCCGCGCAGCGUGAGCGAGCACCUCGCCGUCUCGCCCAGAACCAAGCACCGCCUGUCAACAGGGAACCUGGACGACGCGUCUCCGUACGCCGAGUUCACGGGGAAGCAACUCCGGGAAGGCGAACACUUGACGUCCACGCCAAACGCGCUCUUCACUAAUCAUAACCAAAAAGACGCUAACGGCCCCAAGACGCCCCUGAAUAUCACGGACGAGUGGGAGAAGCGCGAGCUGGGCGGCGUCCUGAGUGACGAGGAGCGCAACGAGGGCUUAUACGCGCGUAUCGACAAAACCAAGAAAAAGAUGAACCAGCGGUCUGGUAGCGCCGGCGGCGGGGACGUCAACGCAAUGAACGAAAGCGAGGUGAACUUAAUCGAGAACUCGCUGUACGCGAACAAAAAUCUUGCGCCUGCUGUACUGAUCAGCGGGGACUCUCGCGGACACACUCCGCCGCCCUUACCGCACCGUAUGUACAACCUCGACGAGGACUUUGGCUACAUGCCCAACGACUCGGGCGUAGACACGCUACAGAGCAACGACCCGGGUUACUCCACCAUUCCCUCAGAGCUCGAUCAGAGAUACAGGGAGCGGGUGUACGAGGAGGCGCGUACCCAGCCCAAUGGCACCCCCAAGGUGUUCUCCUUUGAAGACCAUGAGGAUCCAUACGCCUUGCGCGUGCGCGAUAAGAUCAAAAUGUUCGACGAAAAGCAGCAGCAAGAGGUGUGGGUGAGAAGGACUAAGACUCGAGAGCAUAGGAACUCCGUACCUGACCUCGUGUACCGGCAGAACAGGAAGGCGCCACUCGCACAGCAAGAGGACGAUGAGGAUCCGGCUUAUGCGCAUGUGCAAGACGACAGUACCUCCAACAUGGCUCAGGCAGCGUCGCUCCACCCGACCAAGAACAACAAGAAGGCGAACAUGAUGGUCAGGAAGAAGAACUCCCUGAGAUCUGCCCACUCGGCCGAGGAGCUUAGCACGCUGGAGCGCAUCACUAGGCGAGGUACGGAGCGCAUCACCAGGCGAGACGUGUUCGGAUUCCGGCGACCUCGUUUCAACCAUUCCAAGCAAGAUGGUAACAACUCGGACGGCGGAACUGGUGACGAGGAUUCCCUCUCACGAAAAGAAGACCGCAAUCGAUCGAAACUCGGGCCCUUCCGACGGCCGAGAAGCAAACGAGGCUUGUCUCCGGGUAGAUUCCGGAACUCAACUCCUGCCGCAACACCGGAACCCAGUCUGAAGUCGAAAGCAAAAUCUAAGAAAAAUAAGAGCCGCACGCUGCCCAUGACCGUGGACUCGAACGAGGAGUCAUCGGACACUAGCAGCCUGGAGAACAAGAAGAAGAAUCUGAACAAGUACCCGGUGAAAAACAACGUGAGUGCCGGACCCACGUGGUACUCGGGAGGACUCGCCGCGGCUGACCGACUACUUGUCCCUCCGAGAAACGACCUUAACGACACGGAAGAGGAGACUGAGGAAGAUGUCGGCUCGCCGUCCAGUAGUCUCACUAGAAAUAAAAACGAUUCACUUUCCAAGAAGCAACUUCGCGAAGCUGCAAAACAGAAGAAGCGCGAAGAAAAAAUCCUCCUGGAGACGGAGAGACGGUUAAAAAAGCUCGAGAAAGAAAAGCGGAAAAGAUCCAUGUCAAGAGAGAAGAAGAAGAAAGCGAAAACUGCCCCGGGGGCUUACUUCGGCCGCUCACUGCAAGAGCUCUGCGAUCAGGGAAAACUCGUACCCUUGUUCGUGGAGAAGUGCAUCGACUUCGUGGAAGCUGAGGGGAUGCAGAUUGAGGGGAUAUACCGCAAGAGCGGAAAAAUCGAGGACAUUCGCACAAUUCAAAACAGUUUCGAUGAAAAGCGAGACGCAGAUUUCAGUGCCCUGGAGAUGAAUGUUCACGCGGUCACGGGAGCCCUCAAGAAGUUCCUCAAACUUCUCCCUGAGCCUUUGAUCCCGAACAACCUGCAGAAUAAUAUCUUGGAUGCGACAGUUAUCAUGGACGCAGACGAGAGACUUGCUGUUCUAAGGGGGCUCGUCAUGCAGCUACCGAAAGUGAAUUUCGCGGUUCUCAAGUACCUCAUGUGUCAUCUGAACAGAGUGACGGAAUACUCAAAAGAGAACCUCAUGGAAUCUAGGAACCUCGCUACUGUAAUCUUUCCGACCAUUCUACGGACUGAAUUCGAAUCCCUUCAAACAAUGGCCCGGACUAUGAACUACGGCCUGUUCAUACAAACAUGCAUCGAGAAAUGUGAAUACAUGUUCGACGAAGAAUCUUAGAAUAUUUAAUAGCAGUAUUUCCAAGAAUGGAAAAUUCCAAGAAUAUAGAAUCUAUUUUAACGCUUAAUUAUUUCUAUCCGCAAAGGCGGGUAGGUCACUCGGAGAUCUUGCUGAGCUGCGUAGUUUCUACGCCCUGAACAGGGGAGAUCUUCUACCCCAUGGAGUUCGCCUUUAACAAGGAGACGGAUUGAAUGGACCCAGUAAGGAUAUGUGGCACACCCCACUUUAAAGAGAAAUUUACCCGUCCCGUAGUUACCCGGACCUAACUCCGUUUGAUAGGCAGUUUUCGUGGUUGAACGUUAAGAUGAGGUCUCUUGCUUACGCUACCGAGUAAUGCCUGAAGGACAACAGCUGUCCCGUGCGCGCCUUCUUGUGGCUGCUAAGCCGGUAUUAGAUUUAUUCUCUUUCCUAAGAAAACGUCGCAGGAAAAGCCUUGAAUAACAACGUAAUUUUAAUUUACGUGAUUAAUAUAUAAACUGUUUUAGUAUUGAAAGCCUUGUCUAUCAUGUGGAAAGGUGACAGGAUUCGCGCUUUCUUCAAACCCUUCCCAUUGUCAUUGUCGUUUCAUAACUUCAGUUUCACUGUUUUCAUGUGAAAUGAAUCUACAGCUUAUCUAAAUUAUCCUCUUAUAUUCUUUUGUACGUAAGUUAUUAUUUUUAUACAGACUUGUACACAUGGCCGUUUUAUCUUUUCGUAGCGAUUCGCGGACUUUAUUCACACCGGUAGCGGCGCGUUAAUUAGUAUUGUAAAUUAAUUAUGUUUUAAUGGCUGACGAAGAGUAGCAGCAGCUGUCUUACAGAUUACAAAUAAAGAGACGCGAGACAAGUA